UAUCCCGAAUAACCGUCACCCGAAAUCCACGCUCCCACCAUUUCCUCAUUCUAACAACUCAGUCCUCUCUUUCUCUCUCCACUCCAGUCCUCCCUUUUUCACCAAUGAUAUGGCGUUUCUGUUUCAGGUCGUCUUCUUUGCCAUCCUCACCUCUGUUUCUCUCGUUUCCGGCAUUGAUCAAACCUCUUCAAUCUUCACACUCUCGUUGUCUCCUCCCUCACCGUCGCCUUCCUCCACCACCGCCACCCCUCCUCCGUCUUCUCUUCCUUUCUCCUCCUCUGAAGCUCUGAAUCAACCUCAGCUUCUCUCUCCUCUCACCACCAUUACUAAAGUCCUCGGUGAGCUCGGUUUCCAUGAGCUUGCCAUGGCGUCACACUCGCUCUCUCUCUCCUCCGCCUCGCACCUCCCGUGGCUCGGCCCUGUCACGGUCUUCGCUCCGGUAGAUUCCUCAGUGCGAACAUGUCCUUCGUGCUCGCUUACUCUUCUCCUACAGGAGCACACUGUCUCUGGCUUGUUCUCCAUGGACUACCUCAGUCGCCUCAUCUUCGGCACGAAAAUCGAGACGGUGCUUCCCGGCCGCUGCCUCACCGUAACCUCAUCCGCCAACGCCUCCGCCAUCUUUAUCGGCGGUGCGCAGAUAACUCGGCCAGAGCUCUUCGUCAGUGACCAUGUCAUCAUCCACGGUCUCCAAGGCUUCAUCUCUCACGUCUCGCCGUAUUCCUGCUCCAUGGACAAGCUGACGUCACUCGCUCUCCCUCACCCUAACCCUGCCAUCGCAUUCAACCGCAUGAUGCUCGCCGAAGCGAUGAUCCGCCUCAGAGUGAGCGGUUACAGCGUGCUCGCGAUUGCGAUUCGUGUCAAGUACGCCGAACUGGUGACUCUUCACAACAUGACAAUCUUCGCUGUCGACGAUUCGACCAUUUUCCACGGUGGUCAUGCCUACGUCCACAGCGUUCGGUUCCACAUUAUUCCUAACCGAAUGCUCAAGCUCGCCGACCUCGAGUCUCUCCCAGCGUCAACGGUCCUUCCGACGCUAGCACUCGGCGAAAAUCUCAUAAUCACCACUGCCGGAGGUGGCGGUGAGCUUUCUCCGAUGAGGAUUAACUAUGUCGAAAUCAAGUAUCCUAACCUCAUCUACAAUCAGAAGCUUGUUGUGCACGGACUCGCCUCUCCCUUCCCUCAUCUCCGUCAAUCAAUGGCUGUUAAUACUGGACGGUCAGGAUUCUAUUCUAGCACCUCUGAUGAUGUUGGAUCUGGUGAGAGAGUCUCCAGCCCUGGUAAUGUGCGUCAAACUACUGAGCCUGCUGUGCCCUCCCCUGUCAUGAAAUCAAUGGUUGAGAUGAUAGAUGAUGUUCAUCAAGGUCUCUGAUUGAUCGUCAUUUUUGGUUAGCUUCGUAGCUUCUAAUUGUUCCACUUGAUUUAGGUCUGAUGGUAAUUGUCCAUAUCUGUUAAUUACUACUGCAUUGCUUCGAUUUUAGCAUUUUAGCGUUAUUACUACUAUGAGUGAGAAUGCAAAAUGCUGUACUGAGAUUUUUAGUUGAAGAAAUCUGUACUUAAUAGUUAAUACAGCAAAUGAAGUUUUGAUUUGGUAGAAUAAA